AUGGGAGUGUUUGAGGAGGAUGAUUCUGUUAGAGUAUCAACACUCGUGAAGCUAUGGGUUUCAGAAGGAUUUUUAAGACCCAUGAAUGGCAAAAGUUUGGAAACUAUAGCCAUAGAGUUCUUACGGGACUUGGUUGAUAGAAAUCUCAUUCUAGUUGGUAAAGUGGGGAAGACAGGAAACAUAAAAUUUGUCAAAAUUCAUGAUUUGUUGAGGGAUUUAUGCUUGAACCAGAGCAAGAAAGAUGGGUUCUAUCAUGUCAUAGGGCAAUCUAGUCCUCGAGGCAUAAGUAGCCAACGCCGCGUUGUUGUACCCAGGAACGCGCCAAAGAAGAAAGUUCUUGACGACUUGCAGUCUAUGCCACGUGCUCGUUCCAUUAUCAGUGAAUGUGGGAGAGUACCGCGUAUUAAGAAUUCCAGGUUGCUUAGAACAUUACAGGCAUACCCUUAUUUUGAAGAUAAAAGAUACGUGAUCAAGUCCCUUGCGCAGUAUGUUAACUUGCGCCACCUUGCUGUUGAAGUUGGUAGCAUCUCCUCGAUCUUUACCUCGUUUACUCGCCUCUGGAAUCUGCACAUAUUGAUUCUUUGUUGUUGGAAGGUGUUCACUGCACCGGCUGAGAUUUGGAGAAUGCCACAACUUAGGCAUAUUGAAAUGACUGGAGUAAGAUUUUAUCUUCCAGAACCUUCGAGUGAUGAUGUCGUCGUCAUGGAGAAUCUACUGGUGCUUAAGGGAAUAGCAAAUUUCAGGUGCAGUGAAGAGGUGGUUAAGAGAAUUCCCAACAUCAAAAAAUUGAAGAUACAGUAUUUUGGGAGAGGGGGAAUCGAGCAAGAUGAUGAUUAUUGUGUGAACAAUAUCAGACAUUUGUGUAAAUUGGAAUCCCUCUACGUACGGCGUCACUAUGGUUUUAUAGCUUCUUUGUCUGUGCUCACAUUCCCCCAAAGCCUCAAGAAGUUGAAUCUUGACAUGUAUGGUGACUUUGAAUGGGAAAAAAUAUUGGAAAAGAUAGGUGCGUUGCCCCUUCUCGAGAAGUUCAAGUUGUGGGAGGGAUGCUUUGGAACAGGCAAGUGGGAAAUGGUUGAAGGCCAGUUCCCUUCCCUCAAACACUUGCAAUUGUUUGCGUGUCCUAAUUUGAAGCAAUGGACUGCGGAAUCGAGCUCCAUCUUUCCACGCCUUGAGAAGCUUCAUCUUUCUGAUAUGCGACAGUUGAAGGAGAUCCCGACUCAAAUUGGAGACAUACCGACGCUGCAAAAGAUAAGUAUGAAAGAUUGUGGCGAAUCUGCUGUGAUGUGCGCAAAGGAGAUCGUAGAGGAACAAGUAGAAUUACAAGGGGAAGAUCUUCCAUUUCAUGUUCAAGUUUGGGUUCAGCGUAAGAACGAAGCACUAGUGCAGAACUUGGCAGGUCCCAACUUCGAAGUCUAUGCAUUACAGUAUUAG